GGUGAGGUGUGUGUGAUGGGAGAGAGACAGGUGUAUAUGAAGAGGAAGCCUGGCACACGUUGCACUCUGGGUCGGGAAUAUUCUCGAGUUGUUUCAGCUGAGCCCUGCAUCUGCACCCUCUAUGACUUUGAGUGUGAUUAUGGGUUUGAGAGACAGGCCAGUGGAAAAUGUGCACCUGCAUUCUGGUAUGAUGUCAAUUUACCAGCACACACCUGCAGCCAUGGUCAGCGCUACCGCAACAGCACAGGGUACAGGCAAGUGCUGUUGAAUAACUGUAGAGAGGGUCUGAAAGAUACACUAAGUCCCAAAAUGCAACAGUGCAAACCCAUAGCACCCAGUGGCCUACAGCUGAGCACCAUCAACUCCCAGCUCACUGCUGUACUGGGAACCAACAUCACCUUCAGAGUAGCAUUGCAAAAAGGAGACUCACUGUCUACAAGUCUCCAUGUGGAUUUUGGAGAUGGCAUCUCGGUGUCAUACUCCAAUAUAAGUCGUCUUGGUGACAGCAUCACACACGUGUACAGGGUCACUGGGAUUUAG